GAAUUUUUUUUAAGGGGAGCAGUACUACCAAUAUGAGUUCAAACACCAACCUUCCCAUGGAGAAUGUGACCGCAUGACCAAAUCCUCACCCUCUGUUGCCUUCACACGUUAUACAAACCUGUACUGUGACUUGGAUAAUGUGUUUGCUCUGCUCUUUCAAGGCAUUCAGGGGCAUCACAAAGGACCACGUUUCAUUUCCAAAGACUGGAUUGGCAUCAAACCUCCCAUAGAUGCAGCAAUGGUUGGCCGACUGUACGUAAGCCCUGGUCCCUCACCAUCUCCAGCCACCAGCCUGAGCAGGGGCCGAACCAGACAGAGAAAGAAGACUAGGGGCCGAGGAGCCAGAGUGAGCCGUUCACUGUUCUGGGAAGACUUCGGAUUGGACUAUGAGGAAAGGUAUUAUGGAGCAGAGAAGCGUGGUAAAAACCAGAAAAAGGGCCGUGGAAGACGUCCAUCUUUGUUUGACAUGAGCUAUGAUCCAGAUGACUACAUAGAUCAUGUGGAGAUUGUUCAAGAGAAGGCCACACCUGUGCAGAAUGUCUUCUUCUUUAAGAAAGAUAAAUACUACAGGGUGGACCUGCAGACCAAACGGAUUGACUACGUAAACCCUCCUUACCCAAGAUCCAUUGGCAAAUAUUGGUUGGGAUGUAAAGAAAAGGAUUUAUCAGAAAAAAGAUAAGAAACAAGGUUUUCAUAUUUGAGUUGAAAGUGAAGAUUUUGAUGUUAUUGCUUAAUUAGAUGUCAUUUAUGAGGAUUAAUCAUUACUAUCAAUAUUAUAGUUCUCUAAGUAUUCCUGAUGUGUUACAUUACAGUAAUAUCUGACAAUAGUUUUGCAUGCAUUAGGGAAAAGCUUCUAAUAACCUUAUUACUAUAAUGCAAUAAGAUACAAUGAUCUCGAUUGAACUUCUAAACUGUUCUUGUUAUAAGUUUGAAAAUACUGAAUAAUAAACUGAGCAAUCAUUA